AGACUCUUGAUGACCGGUGUAAGAAUCUCAUUGAACGCCCGUCUGCAUCGCGUGAUUUCGCUCAGUUCAUCUGUAAGAUGAAUCAUCUGAAGAACCUGACACUCGGUGGUAGCUAUCAUGAUGACUUCUACUCAACAGCAUCGUCGAUGGCAUCAACUACAAAGAUUGAGGCUCUUCGGCACGAUGAUGAUCUCAGUAAACGCCCCUCUGCAUCACGUGAUUUCGCUCAGUUCAUCUGUAAGAUGAAUCAUCUGAAAAACCUGACACUCGGUGGUAGCUAUCAUGAUGACUUCUACUCAACAUUAUCGUCGAUAGCAUCAACUACAAAGAUUGAGGCUCUUCGGCACGAUGAUGAUCUCAGUAAACGCCCCUCUGCAUCACGUGAUUUCGCUCAGUUCAUCUGUAAGAUGAAUCAUCUGAAGAACCUGACACUCGAUGGUAGCUAUCAUGAUGACUUCUACUCAACAUUGUCGUCGAUGGCAUCAACUACAAAGAUUGAGACUCUUCGGCACGAUGAGGAUCUCAGUGAACACCCCUCUGCAUCACGUGAUCUCGCUCAGUUCAUCUGUAAGAUGAAUCAUCUGAAGAACCUGACACUCCAUGGUAGCUAUCAUGAUGACUUCUACUCAACAUUGUCGUCAAUGGCAUCAACUACAAAGAUUGAGACUCUUGAUGACUGGUGUAAGAAUCUCAUUAAACGCCCGUCUGCAUCACGUGAUCUCUCUCAGUUCAUCUGUAAGAUGAAUCAUCUGAAGAAACUGACACUCCAUGGAAGCUAUCAUGAUGACUUCUACUCAACAUUGUCGUUGAUGGUAUCAACUACAAAGAUUGAGACUCUUCGGCACGAUGAUGAUCUCAUUAAACACCCCUCUGCAUCACGUGAUCUCGCUCAGUUCAUCUGUAAGAUGAAUCAUCUGAAGAACCUGACACUUGAUGGUAGCUAUCAUGAUGACUUCUACUCAACAUUGUCGUCGAUGGCAUCAACUACAAAGAUUGAGACUCUUCAUGACUGGCAUACGAAUCUCAUUGAACGCCCCUCUGCAUCACGUGAUCUCGCUCAGUUCAUCUGCAAAAUGAACCAUCUAAAGAACCUGAUACUCGGUAGCUAUCAUGAUGACUUCUACUCAACAUCAUCGUCGAUGGCAUCAACUACAAAGAUUGAGACUCUUGAUGACUGUUGUAAGAAUCUCAUUGAACGCCCGUCUGCAUCACGUGAUCUCGCUCAGUUCAUCUGUAAGAUGAAUCAUCUGAAGAACCUGACACUCCAUGGAAGCUAUCAUGAUGACUUCUACUCAACAUUGUCGUCGAUGGCAUCAACUACAAAGAUUGAGAUUCUUGAUCACAAUGAUGAUCUCAGUGAACGUCCGUCUGCAUCACGUGAUUUCGCUCAGUUCAUCUGUAAGAUGAAUCAUCUGAAGAACCUCACACUCUUGGGUCGGUUUCAUGAUGACUUCUACUCAACAUUGUCGUCGAUGGCAUCAACUACAAAGAUUGAGACUCUUCGGCACGAUAAGGAUCUCAGUGAACGCCCCUCUGCAUCACGUGAUCUCGCUCAGUUCAUCUGUAAGAUGAAUCAUCUGAAGAACCUGACACUCCAUGGUAGCUAUCAUGAUGACUUCUACUCAACAUUGUCGUCGAUGGCAUCAACUACAAAGAUUGAGACUCUUCAUGACCGGCGUUCGAAUCUCAGUGAACGCCCCUCUGCAUCACGUGAUUUCGCUCAGUUCAUCUGUAAGAUGAAUCAUCUGAAGAACCUCACACUCCUUGGUCGGUAUCAUGAUGACUUCUACUCAACAUCAUCGUCGAUGGCAUCAACUACAAAGAUUGAGACUCUUCGGCACGAUAAGGAUCUCAGUGAACGCCCGUCUGCAUCACGUGAUCUCGCUCAGUUCAUCUGUAAGAUGAAUCAUCUCAAGAACCUGACACUCUAUGAUAGCUAUCAUGAUGACUUCUACUCAACAUUGUCAUCGAUGGCAUCAACUACAAAGGAUGACUGCAACACGAGCUCAACUGCGACUGAUCUGACCGUUAAUGAUUAUGCACUAAAAAGAUGGCAGGAUUGUGGUCCGAUGUUUGACAAUGUGAAGAGGAUCACCAUACAGGUAUCGGACACAAUCAGUUGUGACGUCAUCCAGAGGAUCCAUCUACCAGCAGCGACAGAACUAACCAUUCAAACGCAUGAGCAUGCUUGGGAACCGGCUUCUCUCCACGAUGAUCCCACUUUACUCCCCAAUGCUCUUCGCAAGGUCUCAUCUCAGCUUGUCAAGGUCACAUUCAAAGAUCUCAACGUAGGUAACGACAAGAUCGAACGCAUCAUUCAAGCUUUCAGAUCAUCGGACGAUCUCAAACAUCUGAGGACCCUAAGAUUCAUAAGAUGUGGGACUGAUGAGAGCUUCGAUUCUUCUUGUAUUGACUCCAAUGGUGAACAUAAGGUAAAGGUGGAGAUAGAACAUGGCAAACAAAUUGGCACAAUUUGGAGUUUCAUGUAGCAGCAUCCAGGAUCUGACAUUGAAGAUGAUGUAGGCUAUCCGACGAGAUAUAUGAGCUGAGAUUUAUGACAACUAUUAUGAAACAAGUGUACUGUUUCAUUUUAGUAAUUCAAACGUUUUACAGUAGUGUUACUGCUAUAGCUGCUCUCGGACUUAUUCAUCCAAUGGUCAAGAGA